CAUUUCCCCGAUCGAGUGCAUCAGUCCCGAGCGAGCUCGUCUAAGGGCGACGGCUGGCCGCGCCCGUGAAGCAACGCUGGCAAGGUCGCGCCCGCGUGGCAACGACGGCGAGCACGCCGGUCAUGGCGACGCGGCGGCUGCGCUGGCCGGAGCAGCGUGCAGGGGACUUCGUCCCACGCGCUCCUCCGUCGAGCGUGGCUAUGGUGACGCACUUUCUAGCACCAUGGAGAUGACGGCGUCGUGCGAGGCGGAGAGGCCAAGCGAUGCACGCGCGUCCGUGAGCGGAGUAGGGAAAAGGAGCUGCAUCUUCCCGCACGUCCUCCGGGAGACGGCGGCAUUCCGGUCAUGGCGCACGCACGGCGGCGGCCGUGCGGACCCAAGAGCCGGCGUCGUCAAGGAAAGACAUCCCCAGGAAUUGCCUAACAUACUUCUCGCCGAGUUGCAUGGCUGAAAAGGUAUUAGAUGGCUCGAUGAAACCAAGAGUGAUCCAUUGAUAGAUCAGGUCAUCUUCACUUAUAUUGUGACCUUUAUGGAAGAUACCGCAAUAGGCAAAGCAUAACCUCAGAUAUGGUGUCAGAGUAUUGUGACUUAACUUCAAGGAUGGUAACACUGUAUUAUCAGAAAAUGGUUCAUCCCAAAUAUCACUAUUGCGCAUUGCUUCCCAGUCAGUAAGAUUCAUUCCAGAUAGCAAGAAUCCAAGUGCUUGAGCUGCUAAUGGCAAACCUCCACAUUUCUUUGCAAUCGUCUGUCCAAUUGGUUCAACUUGCGCUUUAUCAGCUCUAGAUUCAAAGCCACUAUUUUGCCUGAUUAAUCUCCAGCACAUGUCAUUGUCCAAGAGAUCUAACAUGUAUGGUUCAACAGUACAAAUUUUUCUUGCUAUGUCUAUGCUGCGUGUUGUGACUAAGACUCUCAUCUUGGAGCUUCCAUUCAACAUAAGCUUGAGUUGAUUCAGUUGGGAGGUAUCUGUCUCCCAUAGGUCAUCUAAAACAAUUAGUGUCUUCUUAUCUUGAAGUAAAUGUUUAAGAUGUUGGUUU